AUGUCCAGUUGUUAUCUUCUCACCAUGAAGGACGACAGCAUAGAGGGCAUUUAUGAUACAUUAAAGCAGUGUGCGCUUAUAUCCAAAAAUGCUGGCGGCAUCGGUCUCAACGUUCACUGCAUCAGAAGCAAGGGUACUUUUAUAGCGGGUACAAAUGGAGAGUCCAACGGUUUGGUCCCAAUGCUCCGCGUUUACAACAACACCGCCCGGUAUGUUGAUCAGGGCGGAAACAAACGGCCAGGCGCCUUCGCGAUUUACCUAGAACCAUGGCACCCAGACAUUCUGCAGUUUGUAGAGCUGCGCAAAAACACUGGCGCUGAAGAAACUAGAACUCGUGAUCUCUUUCACGCUCUCUGGAUUCCUGACCUAUUUAUGCGACGCGUCCAAGCCAACGACAAGUGGACUCUAAUGGAUCCUCAUGAGUGUCCAGGUCUAUUCGACUGUUGGGGUGAAGAAUUCGAAAAGUUGUACACAAAAUACGAGUCGGAAGGGAAAGGCCGCAAGACUCUUCCAGCCCAAGAAGUGUGGUAUGUUUUGCCUGAGCUGCCCUAACGGGUCUCGUCAUUUAAAAACUAGAGCAUGCUAAUCAAGGUUUCCCCAUUGUAGGUAUGCUAUUAUUGAAGCGCAAAUCGAGACUGGCAACCCAUUCAUGCUGUACAAGGACUCCUGCAAUCGCAAGUCAAAUCAUCAACACCUGGGAACAAUUAAAUGCUCAAACCUGUGCACAGAGAUCGUUGAAUACAGCUCACCCGAUGAGAUUGCCGUCUGUAAUCUUGCAUCCAUCUCUCUGUCGAGAUUUGUGGAUCCUCAGACCAAGACUUUUGACUUCGACAGGCUGCAGUACGUUACGGAGGUCAUCACGCGGAACUUGAACAAGGUUAUCGACGCAAAUUAUUACCCGGUCGAAGAGGUACGACACAUCGUUUUCUUCUUUUCCUCCAGUUCUUCUUGUUACUUGUGCUUAUGAUUCUCUCUCUCUCAUUUAGGCUAGGAAAUCCAACAUGCGCCACCGCCCCAUCGGCAUAGGUGUUCAGGGACUAUACGACGCAUUUGUUUUGAUGCGUUAUCCAUUUGACAGUCCUGAAGCAGCUGCCCUAAAUAAGCGCAUCUUCGAGACUAUUUACUUUGCUGCUCUGAACGCCUCCUGCAAACUGGCAGAAAAGCUUGGCCCUUUCCAAUCUUAUCCUGGCUGUCCCGUCAGCAAAGGCAUCCUUCAGCCGGACAUGUGGGGAGUCGAUACUGAGGAGUUGUCUAAACACUCUGGUCUUGAUUGGGCAGGAUUACGUAAGCGGAUCGCACUGUGAGUUAGUUUUCUAGACCGACCUUGUCAUCUGCACCGUUAUCCCCCACCUGAAAUAAAUGCCAACUCGUUCCUUUUUAGCCAUGGAGUCCGAAACAGUCUUCUGCUCGCGCCGAUGCCAACGGCUUCCACGGCUCAAAUUUUAGGAAACACAGAGUCUACCGAACCAGCCACUAGCAACGUCUUCACUCGCAGAGUCCUCAGUGGCGAGUUCCAGAUUGUUAACCAAUACCUUCUUCAUGAUUUGAUUGACCUUGAUUUGUGGUCUGAAGAUCUCAAGGCAGCCAUUGUCGCCAAUCAAGGGUCUAUUCAGCACAUACAGGGUAUUCCCGAUGACCUUAAAGCCCUGUACAAGACAGUCUGGGAGUUGCCUCAGAAGAAAAUUAUUGAUCUCGCGGCUGACCGUGCACCGUUUAUUGACCAAAGCCAGUCUCUGAAUCUGCACAUGGCGCAGCCCAACUACGGAAAAAUCACGAGCAUGCAUUUUUAUGCCUGGAAAAAGGUGACCAUUUAUUUCAUGACGCCAUGUGCCCGUUUUACUUUCCACCUCUAUUCCCGACUACUGACUUGCCUCCAAUUUCUAUUCUAGGGCCUGAAGACAGGUAUGUACUACCUGCGGACACGGCCCGCGGCGGACCCCAUCCAAUUCACCAUAAAUAACAAGGAGAUCAGUGCCAUCCUGGCCAAUGGAUUCCGUAAAUCAGUUUCACUCCCCAAGAUGGCAGAAGAGAAUGACGAGAACAAAGCUCCAGAGGAAAGCUACAUUGCGAAAGUUUAUAAGAAGAACCUUGAAGCUAUCUCUUGCAGUCUCAACAAUCCCGAAGGGUGUGUCAGCUGUUCUGGAUAG